AUGUCUGGAAACGGAGACAAAGAGAAGGACAUUGCCCUCUGCGCCAGUUGCGAUCGUUGUCGUUCACGCAAGACGAAAUGUGAUGGUGCUCGCCCAUGUGCAAAUUGUGCUGCCAAGUACAUGAAGAAGCACAAGCUUACAAGCGUUGAAGGCAUCCCCCCUGAAGCAUUUGAAUGUCACUAUUCACCAGCCAAACGCCGAGGCCCUGUGCCUGGACGAUCUGGCCAAUCCCGCAAAGCUAGUGAAGCCUUUGGACGAGGCAUGGGUGGAGGGUUUGACGGUAUGGACAAUUUUCAAUCAAACGGGAUGGGCGCUGUUGGAGGUAUGGGUGGCGUUCAGUCCAUGGAAGAACUGCAGCUUAGACAAAUCAUGAUGCAAGCCAAUAUGGGCGGGCAUCAAGGGUUGGGGGGUGCUUUGGAUCAGGGACCAUCGUUCUUGGACACCCAACAAGCGGCCAUUCAACAACAGAUCAACUUGAUCCAGCAACUGCAGGCCCAACAAAACUUGGAAGGAAGAGCUGUUGCACUGGCGGCUGUUUCGGCUGCUGCCGAUAUGGAACCCCCUGCUCGGCGUUUGAAAACGGAGCCUCCCAAACAAGCCAAUAACGGCGGCAACAACAAUGGAGGUGGUGGUGGUAGUACUGCUGGGAGCAAUAACCGCGAUGCCAAUGGAGUUCCACGCACCAUUGCUGCUCAUACUCACUUGUUGGAACUAAGUGAUCCAGAUGGUUCUCGAUUGCGCGCAUAUUACAGAUUAAGUGUGGACGAACUCUUUGGAUUUCCACCCACCCCCACGGACGAAGAAUACUGCAUGCGAUUGAACAUCCCAGGCAUGACACCGCGCAUGAUUCCUGGAACCCACCUAGCGGCACUCAGUGCGGCCAGAUUUGCCGAAGUCGCCUUGGGUGCUGUUGUCCACAAUGAAGUUUCCUUGGGAAUGGAAUUGUGUAACGCUGUUGUCCACUGUCUUCGAGAGUCGGUUCAAGAACCUGUUCAACCACCUUAUAUGUUUGAAGUUGCGAGGUCCUACUUUUUGUUGGGAGUAUUCCGAGCAUUCCGAGGUGACAUGGUUCGCUAUUUCAAGUAUCGUCGGGUUUGUCUGACUUAUAUUUCCAAACUCGAGAAUGAUGCUAGUGCUGCAACAUUACUGGCAGCAGUUGCUUUCUUGGAUGCCUGGGCCUACAUGAUCUACAAUGCUGAUGAGCAGCGACUUCCCAACAUUGACAAAACAAUUCCACCUGUGGAAGGAUCAAUGCAAGCAAUUGGGUCAACUGCUACCGAACUCGAAUACAACGUGAAGACCAACCCAGGGCAAAUUGCAUCCGAUCCGAAGAAUCAGAACUGGAUCCAAGGUGCUCCUCCAAUUUACCUCAACAACGAAGCUCCUCUUCCUGCUCGAUCUUUGGAUGCUCUAGCUUGUGCUGUUCGAACCUGCUGUGACCAAGCCAAUGGGCGUUUUGCUGCCAUCUCCAAAGAGGCCAAGACCACCAACAUGGAAGCCAUUCCUCAAGAAACAAUCAUUACUCCAACGACGACUGCCGUUCUAGCCCACGAGAAUGAACUUUGCAGCCGAAAUAUGGUGCUUUCGGCAUUUUCUCUUUUGCAGCAAUACGAGUCUGCAACUCCAUCGUCUCACAAGAACCAAGGUAUCCACUUGAUUAUUUCAGCUUUGGAUGCCUUUUUAGACAAUGGCGACGAAGAAGAGAAUGGAGGCUUUACUGAUGCACAGAUCCAAUCGCUGCUCAGUGUCUGCAAUACCACAAUUGAAAAUCCUCUCUUGUUGCACCACGGAGGACCAACUUACCACAUGGUAUCAAACGCUGCAAUCAUGCUUUGCCAUCUUCUCAAUGGCAUGUACGCCAUGAAGGGACCUGAACUCCUCAAGGCACAAGAAGGAGACAUGGAAGCUGCCAUGUUUGAAGAGGUCUUGGACACAUUCAUUGCUGUCCGAAAGCUCUUGAUGAUCCACAGAAGAAAGCUGCCUGCCAAGCUGAGGUGUCAUGGAAUCCCAAGAGCUCCUAUUGGAGUUCCACAAGAGGCCAUGUCAUUCAUUGAUCUCGGAGAGACCGUAUUAUGUUCCUGCAGAGGGUGCCAAGGUUUCGUGCUGAUGGCUUGCUCUCCAUGUGUUGCUGCGGAGCGAGCCCAAAAAGCAGCCGACAAGAGAAAGCUCGAAACAGGAAUCGAGGGCAAAUUCGAUUCCACGGAUAUGGACCAAGACUUGGCCGACCUUGAUAACGACUUCAACUUGGACGAUGAUGCACUGCUUGGGAUGCUUUCUCAACUGAUAAACACGUAG